AUGGAAGGAGGUGAUGCGUUAGCGUUACAAAAGCAAAAGAAGACGGGAGUGUGGUGGGACUUGAACACGUGUCCGGUUCCGGCAGGGGUUGAGGCUGGUCGUGUUGUUGCGUGUAUUGAAUCUGCGUUGGAGAAGGAGAUGGGUCAUGGUUGUCAAGUCUACAUCUAUGCCAUGGGCAACCUAGAAUACAUCUCUAGUGACCUCUUGGAACAGAUCGGUUCAUCUGGAAUCGAUGUUCUUCACGCCCCCCGCCGUGGGAACGACUUAUAUCAUUGUCUACGCGAAUGGUCUGAGUUUAACCCACAUGAUGUGGCUAACGUAAUGCUGAUAUCCUGUGAUUAUACGUUGGCUGAUCCUUGUCUUUUUCGGCUUGUUGAAUUCACUGGUUUUAUUGCAUAUCCAGAAGAUCAUCGGCCACUUACCCUUGACCGCAAUGAUGGUCAGACAGUCUUUGUCAAAGAGUUUGUCUGGGAAACUUUGUUGAAUGACAACAUGAGUAGAGGUGAGAUCGUGAGUAAAUAUGAUGAACCUUCCUACACUUGCUACAUAUGCUUUGAUUCUUAUGAAGCAUGUGGCGAAUUCGUCACUCAUCUCAAGAGUGAUGAACACAAAAGGGAGUUGCGUUAUAUGGUUCCCAAAGACUCAGAGUUCGGUAAGCCUAAACAUUUUUGCCAAGCUUGCGAUUAUCCCGCCUACGACUACCAUAACUUUCUCAUCCAUACCCAAAGUGAAGAACAUAAUCUCAAGAAUCUGGCUGAGGAUUGCGAAAGCAGGAAGAGAAGUCCACAAGUGCAUCUCUUGAACGAAAGAAACAAGAUGCAAUCUGUUGCACGAGGAAAAUAA